GGGUAUUGCGAGAGCACCUGGUCAAACCGGUACGUAAACUGAGAUUUCUAUAUUAUCUUUACUUGGUGCACAUCCAUCAUUUUUGUACUGACACCAAGACUUCGCAUCAAAUGAACAACGCAUUUCAACAAUGAAAAAGUUUAGGGACAGUGUUGACCCCAGCAGCAGAAGGGGUUUACACAGGUGAUCGCCCAUUCUAUUGGAACAAGAUUGAUGUUGGUGGAAGAAUGUGUGUAAUUCGACUGGAUGAUGGAGAUUUAUGGGUCCACUCUCCUGUGAACUUAGAUCCAAAAACAAAAACUGCAUUGAAAAAACUUGGAAACGUCAAAUACAUUGUUUCUCCCAAUUACGAGCAUUUAAAAUAUGCGAAACAAUGGAGCGAAGAAUACCCCGAAGCAUUCAUGUGGGGAUGCCCUGGACUUGUUGAGAAGCUUCCCGACAUUGAAUGGGAGGGAGAGAUACCUUACGGUUUAAUGAGACCAUCUGAAUCAAAGAAGUUGAAAAAUUGCUGGGAUUUUGACAUCAUUGUUCCGCUUCACCUGAACAUGGAGGUAAGGGAAAACAACAACAAAAUAGACUAUCUUUACCACCAGCGAUUGAUGUCUCUAAUUGACUUGCCGUUCUUUUUGUUAGGUCAAUCCGUUCACUGGAAAGCCAUUUUUUAAUGAGGUAAUUUUUUACCACAAACCGUCGAAAUCAUUAUUGACCACUGAUGUAUACUGGAAUUACCCUCAAAAGGACGGUGUCCCUAACUCUCACUUGGAGGGCGGGAAUGACGACGAAGGAUCGGCGCCUCCCGUGCAAUCCAUUCCCCUUGGAACGCGUUUAUGGAAGUUUGGUAUGGAUAAAAUAUACCUUCCAUUCUACAAGAACUUGAUGGUAAGCGACAAACAAUUUUA